UCCUUUCGUUUUCUCUACAACUCAAGAGUAAAAACCUACACUUCACUGCAUCAGUUUCAGAUUGCCCGCCCAAACACAUCCUUAACUCAAAUUUCAAAUCCACGGGGUUUUGGUUCUUUCUCUCUCACACUUCUACUGUCUAAUCCUUAUAUACCCCGACAACCUCAAGGAUCUCUCAGAUUGGUCGUAGACACAAGCAGAACCCCCCACACAAGCCCUAGAAACCUCAUCACCUCAUCGGAGUUCUCGAUCCAAUGGCCAACUCUGACUCCUCACCUGCUCCGGCUCAAGCCGAGCCACUCUCCUUAAAGAAGGAGAACAUUACUCCGAUCGGCUCAAAGAUCGCGGAAUUGAAUGAAUCGAGGGCUGAGCUGCUUAAUAGAAUUCAAGGGUUGAAACAUGAUUUGCAAAAUUGGAGAUCAAAGUUAGACACUCAAGUUAAGGUCUAUCGCGAUGAGCUUUCAGAUCUCAAGAAAUCAUUGAAUGUCGAAGUGGAUCAACUUCGAUCAGAAUUUCAAGAACUGAGGACCACUCUCCAGCAGCAACAAGAGGAUGUCACUUCUAGCCUAAGAAACUUGGGGCUGCAGGAUCUCUCAAGUGAUGCUAUAGACGCCCAGGCUCAGGAUCCUAAGGUUGAAGGGAAUGACAAGGAAGGACAAGUUUUGCCUAAGGAGGAUAAUAAUGAUAAAGAAAGUGAAAACUAGAUGGGUUUGCACUGAAGUGUGCAUGACUUAUAGGUUAUGCCCCAAAAGGAGAUGAGCAGAGCAUUUUUCCAUGAAUGUGUACCACUGGUGCUUUAUCUUGUUUUUAACUUAAGUUUACAACAACGAACUCUUUUCUCAAUCAAUUAUUGUGGAAUCUUGCCUACUUGUAGAAUUUGGAAUGCCGUUCUAUGU